ACUGGGAUAAGUGCCAGGACCAGCUCCUCACCCCGGCCCUUUCCUGCCCACAUGGCGGGUGGGAGGGGCAGGUGGGAGAAGGUUCUAGAAUGCCAGAUCUCCGCACAGGUGGAGACUGUCACAGUCAUCACGUAGGUCAGCCUGGAAAUCAGAGGCCAGGAGAGAGAUGAGGAGCUAAGCUAAUGUGGCUUGGUCGUUAUUAUUUAAAUCCCAAGUGUUGGAGGGGUUUGAAGUAUAUUUUAGUCCAAUGUUGAACUUCUACAAGCCAGGAAAUGACCUCAGGUGAUGUUUUAAGUCUGCUUUCAUCCUGGCUGCAGGUGACUGAGUUCGUGCAGUCUCUGCUGGGCGGUGAAGAGCAUGCAAAGUGCUUCAAGAAAGAGCAGAUCGACGGCAAAGCCUUCCUGCUCCUGACGCAGACGGACAUCGUCAAGGUGAUGAAGAUCAAGCUGGGCCCGGCGCUGAAGAUUUACCAUUCUGUCCUCAUGUUCAGGAAUUCCCAGGACCUCACUGAAGAAGGUGCUGUCUCAGGCCCAGAAGUCAGGGGCUAAACGCACCACCUGAGCUGCCGCCGCACUGUGACCUGGAUCUCUCAGCAAUAAAGUCGGCCCACACUGAUUUGAUUUUAAUGUCCCCACGGUCAUAUCCAUAUUUAAUCUGGACCUUUUCAAUGGCUGCAGCUUAUACGUGUAGAGGGUUUUGAUGACUGGCCAGUGUGGUGACACAGAGGCCCAGGUCUGUGAAUGUCUUUACCUUCAGCAGGUCCUUUCAGCUCUGAUGUGUUGCCCCAAACAGACCAAAGAAACCCACACAUACACCUUUAUUCAUCUCCCUUGCCAUUAAAGAAGCCAUUUCCCAUUUUGAAAGCAUAAAAUUCUCAAAUGGUAAAAUGUCAGAAAGAUGGAACUCAUAAAUACAUUGUUGGUGUUUUCACCAGGACGUCUGAGCUUGGCGCGGGCUUGCCAUCUGGGUGCAGUGAGUCUGAGAGACAGAGGCUGGUGCUUUAAACAGAUUUCAUGAGAUUUUUGUGUGCUUUACUCAGGAAUGUGUGUCUUUAAAAAAUAAUAAUAAGCACAUGUUUUCAUGAUUUGUUAAUUCUUUUUGUUCCAUUAAUUGUUUCUUGGUUGGGCUCCAAGGAGUAGCAUGAAAGCAGCCCCAGCAUUUAGCAGGAGCUGGGGAGGCCCUCCUGCGGAUCCCUCACCAGCAGUGCCCUACAGGCUGUCUGUGGGGCCGCAGGGAGGCCUGUCAUGACACCUGCAUUAGCCAGUGGGCCAGACGCCUACCUGCACCGAAGUCCUCCCGGCUGCCACUCCGAGGGGCCUCACAAGAACGGGUUUGCACUGCAGUCUGUCUGGUGUGUGAUAAGGAGUGUGGUACAUGUGGGCCUUGUGUGCACCUUUAUAGGGACAGGCCACUGAAAGGGAGGGGGAAUCUCUAACAAGGGUGCUUGCUAUCUGUUAUUUGUUUGAACACUUCUGAUUGAUCAGACUUUACUUGUUUUGUGUAAGUGACUUUAUCUGAGACUUAAGUUACCCACAGGGACCCAGUCCCACUGUUUUAAACACAGCACCUCUUUGCUGACACACACCUAUAGUAAGAGCUGCAGGAGCUCUUGGGAGUGGAGUGCCACUGUUUUUCUUAGUGGGCAGAGGAGAGAAGUGGCUAGAAGAGACUCAGGCCUGACCAUACCCAUUUGCUUCAUUUAGAGUCUUAUGGUUUAAGAAAACGAAUUCUGCUUGGAGAGUUUCUCCAAUUGUAGGUCGCUGAAAAAAUAUUUUCUAAGAGGUGUUGCAAAUACUACAUUUCUUUAGAUCCUUACUCAAAUGGAAUUUUAAUAAGUUAUUGGUUGAUAUAAGUUUUUGUUUCGGUGGACCUUUGUUUUGUUUUGUUCUGUACUCUGCUGUGUACAAUUAAAA